AUGGCUUCCUUGCUAGCUUUAGGUUAUUCGAUGCUCGUGCAACCGCAGGAAACCGAGGAAAAGAGUGGCGCCGAUGCUCCUGCAACCGAAGACAAUACACACAAACCCGAUGCACACGUCCCUGCUCCUAAUCCUUCGGCUCCUACCAAGAGCCUCCCUCGUCCCCCCAGCUCUUUCAAGGAGCUACCCAAACCUCCCGAUGGCGAAUCUUCAAGUAAACCUUCUCGCCGUCCCUCUGUUCGCCGAUCCUCCUCCAAACUCGAUGGAGAUAGUCAAUCAGCUGCUCGGAAAUACUCUUCCAAAGAAUCCAAACGACAGAAAGUCCAUUCUAGUAGCAAGGAACUUGACGAACAAUACGCGAAACAGAUGGCCAAGGUCGCUAAACUCAUGCGUAAAAUGGCGCGUGCGGAGCAACGGGAGAAAAAUGCGCGCUGGAAGGCAGCCAUGCAAGAUAUCACGCUGGCUCGCGAAGCGGGAAUCGAUCCUCAGAAGGAAAAGGUUGGGUGGGACGAUGAUAGUGAUGAUGAAGGAACAGCCGGCGCAAACGAUAAUACGUUGAAAAAGCCAGUGACCGACUUGUCGACCAAGCCUGCCGACGCGGAUGCUCCACCUCCAGAGUCCGGUGAUACUCUCGCUCGCUUCAUUCACGCCAUGUUCUCCUCCAUAAACCCAUUUGAGGAAGCUCACGCCGAAUCGAAAGAUGACGCCAACGAAGUUACCGCUGGCGCUCCAGAGCCCACUGGGGACCAAGAGAAGCCCUCAUCGAAGAAUGGCAAGGAUCCACAAGCCGAUGCUGAAGUCCUCCGUCUCCUCUCAUCCGCGUCAACCAUGAAUCAGACCACCCGACCCCGUGGCAGCGAUGGCGUAGAAAGCGAAAAACGACGGUCGGUUUGGAACGUGCUUGACCGCCUUACUCCCGGGAAACCAAAGGGGGCUGGCUCAUCUGAGGAAGGAAGCGUCAUGCUCAGUGCCCCCUUGUUUGUAACCGAGAACUCUAAAGUCACGGUUGCUCAGUCCGAGAUGAAAACGAUAGAGGAACACGAAUCAGACACGGAGGAUGCCAAACCUAGUGGAUCCAAAUUUGCUAAUCUGGUCACCCGAAUGGGUAUGGAUGGUAUGUUCGGGAAGAAGAAGAAGAAAGAUGGUGAAGAUGAGGAAGAAGAAAAGGGCGUCGAUCCAGAGGUAAUGGCAGAGGUCGAGGUCGAGGUUGAACCCGAGCAACCGAAAACCAAGGAAGUUCGUGUUUGGAGACCGAGUGCAGAUGGCAUUUCCUUGCAAUGUUCGUGGUGGGGAUAUCGCAUCUAUUUGCCUCCAGCCGUGAUUGCUGUGCUGAACGAUCAGAAGCUCGAGGCUGCUAAUCGCGCUGCGAUAGUUACAACAGCGUUACAAUGGAUCAUUGACCAUAUUCCUGCGGCUGCGCUUGGCCCACAAGUUGGUCUCGUGGUGUCCCUAAUCCGCGGCAUCAUUCCCGCUAUGGGGUAUAUUGGUGGUUUCGUCGCGUGGUCUUGGAACACGAUUAUUGGAUUCGACCAGGGGGAUGGGGUCGUCCUUAGUGCAACUUGGUUGCUGCCGAUUGCAUUGAUCCCGAGUGCUUGGGAUGUUGAGCCAGUAGGAAAUCCUACAAAAGCAAUUGAACCGGAACCAGAACCGGAACCAGAGCCCACACUUGAACCUGAGCCUGUACCCAAACCUACACACAAACCCGAGCUUAAAGAAGAGUCCAAGUCCAAGUCCAAGUCCAAAGCCAAAGCCAAGUUGGGAUCCAAGGAUGAAUCCGAGAUCGAACCCAAAUUGGCCAAACCGAGUCACUCCCGAUCUGCAUCGAUGGCUAAGUCCAUGCCGGCUCUCGAACGAAGCGCCUCCGUCAAAUCGUCAUCUUCAAGUACAAAAGAGAAGAAAGCGGAGAGGAAAGUCCUGGAGAGAUCUGUCACCUCUCCUAUGCUCGUUCCAAAGCGGCCUGCUCCCCCACCGAAGCAGCCGUCCUUAGCUGGCCCUCUGCCGACACCACCUUCUUCUGUCCCUCGUCCUUCAAGCAGCACCAAGUCUCAUUCCCACUCGUACUCUCAAUCUCACUCUCAAUCUCAAUUCCACCCACACACGCGUUCUCACACGCACUCUUACUCGCAUUCAAAUGCGUCCACUCCUCCUGUGACCAAAGUGAAGGAGCCAAAAUCGGAGAGUGAUCGGCCUGCACUGAAGAAAAGCACGAGCAAACUUGGACUCAACAUCGUAUGGUCGGAAAAACCAGUAAACGAAGAGCCCAAGGAGGAAGUAGAGACCGAGAGCAUGAAGAUGAGAAACUUCAAGUUACCUAUGCCAGAUAUCACUUGGGAACACGAGCGCAAAGCCGCCGAAGCGGAAGCUGCGGCGAAGCUUGCGGCCGAACAGGAAGCCCGGGCAGCGGCCAAGAGCAAGCUCAAGAACAAGUAUGCUCAAGCAUUGCGUGAGGAAAUGUCAAAGGACAAGGCACCCCCCGCAGCUGCCGGAUGGUCGCUCCUUUCUUAG